GUUUCAAACUACCAACAAACAGACUUACACUGGAAUAGUAAAGCUUGCGGACUAAGCCACUGACCAUCUGUUAAAAAUGGCACGUCCUCGACACUUGCCAUCUCAGACGAUUGUGAUCAAACUUGGUACUUCAUCUAUCGUGCAUGAGACGACACACCAGCCAUUACUUUCGACGCUCUCGGCGAUCGUUGAGACCGUCGUGCACCUCCGCGCGCAAGGACACAAGGUUGUGCUCGUGAGUUCAGGCGCUAUCGGAGUGGGCUUGAAGCGUAUGGAGGUGGCCACAAGGCCCAAAGCGCUUUCCAAGAAGCAGGCUCUGGCUGCAAUCGGUCAAGGGCGGCUUAUCGCACUAUGGGACAACCUCUUCGGACAACUCGGACAACCUAUAGCUCAAAUUCUGCUCACGCGUGGUGAUAUUUCUGACCGCACGAGAUACCUCAACGCGGUGAACACAUUCAAGGAGCUCUUGUCCAUGGGCGUAGUGCCUAUCGUUAACGAAAAUGACACAGUCUCAGUCAGCGAGAUCAAAUUUGGCGACAACGACACGCUGUCCGCCAUCACCUCCUCCAUGAUUCAUGCCGACUACCUAUUCUUGUUGACUGACGUGGACGGGCUGUACACUUCGAAUCCUAGAAAAGACCCGAACGCGUCCCGCAUAGAUGUCGUAACGUCCAUUGCGACUAUUCGCUCACAAGUCAGUACGAGUACCCUCGGAUCGAGUCUGGGCACGGGCGGAAUGGAGACGAAGCUUAUCGCUGCUGAGAUCGCUACUGCGGCAGGGGUCAUGACCGUCGUGACUUCCAGCAAGGACCCCCAAAGCAUAUUCAAAAUCAUUGAGUACAACAGCGCUUUCAAGUCUGGCACCAACACUCCCCUCUCCGGGCUGCACUCAGGUCGUACAAGCCCCGAGCCUCAUCCAGUCGCGCCGAGCAUCACUCCAACCCCCUCCACUCCCGGCGAACCCUCGGUGACGCCUACGCCCUCCUCCAUCUUACCAUCAUCAUCAACGAGACCGCCGCAUACGAUUUUUCUCCCUUCCGCGCUACCCCUGCGGGAUCUCAAGGCCUGGACAAGUCAUACUUUGCAUCCAUCUGGAAGCGUCAUCAUCGACUCGGGCGCACACCACGUCCUAUCAAAACGCGAGUCGGGCGGACGGUUGCUUGCCGCAGGCGUCCUAGGUGUCCGAGGAGCGUUCGCAUCUGGGCAGGCCGUCCGGAUCCUGAUACGGACGGGCCCUCCUGGAGAAGCGACUGAGACGGUGGCUGGAUCCGAGAAGGUGGAGGGAGGGUCCUCCUAUGCCGACGGAACUGUGAUGACGGAGCCGAACACCCCCGAAAUCAACGCGACGGCAUCGCUGAGCUCGUCCAUCUCGACGUUGGACCAACUUUCGAUUGUGGACGAGGAGAUGACGCCGUCGACGACGCUGAGGCCGCUGCCGGAGGACGACACAGUGCUGAUCGAGCGGCCAGUGGACAGUACGGCAGAGUGGGAGUUAGAAGAGGUUGGGCGUGGGCUCGCGAACUACAACUCGGCGCAAAUCGAGCGGGUGAAGGGGCUUAGAAGCUCAUACAUUCCGCAGCUACUUGGGUAUGCUGAUUCGGAAUACGUGGUAGAAAAUAUCACCAUCCGUGUCCCUCCGUCAUGACCGGGUAGACACUUCAAUCGAUCUCAUGAGCAGGGGAACUUCGCGCCCUUUUCUCACAAGGUUACGUUCGCCAUACUAGCGAACCGUAGCUCUCUGUACGUAUGGCGUCCCGAGCGAGCUCGGAGGUGGCGGGGCCAGGCACACACGUGCGUCCAAAUAUUUGGCCCAGCCAAAUAAAGCGG